CAGACUGUAAUGUCAGUGUCGUGCACUAAAGUAUUCAGUCUGAUAUUGUUUACUGCCAGUGGUAAACAAAGGGGACAGAACUCUGAGACUCACUGAGUGGAGAAAUUUAUUCAUCUUUAAAAAAAAAACACUAGUGGCUCACUUAUACAACACAUGUUACAAGUUUAACUGUUUGGCACAAACACAUUCACACGAUGUACAAAUGUUGUUUCAAAUCCUUUAUAAAUGUCGCCCCACGUUUCACAAUGAGUGUUUCAAUAAAGAUUUUUGUUGUUAGUUUCAAACAGAUACAGACUGUUGUUAAGUGGUUAAAAUAGUUUUAACUGUCAUGUCACCCACAGGCACCACGUGACCACUGUUUCAACAAAGUCAAACAGCAGGCUGACAAUAUAAACAUACAGCAGAUAGCAAAUAAACCAAUGAAUAGCAAUGACAGGAUACAAUACCUACACCACGAUCACAUGACACUGUUACAGUUUGCCAACAUCUUGUCACAACACACACUAUGCCCUAACCGUGACAUGUCAUGACACGAAAUGUCACAAUCAGCCAUUGCUGACAGGAUGUUAGCCCUCAGUGACGUCAUGUGGAUGGAGGAUGAAGGUGGACAGCGACUGUCGUCUGUCAGGAAAGCGAUGAUCAGGGCGAAGAUAAACCUCGUCUGUACCUCUGUGUGUCGAUGAUCUGUUUGACUAAAGAAAACCUUUUCCCGAUGUGUUUUGAUGGAGUCAACACAUGUAUAACUUGGGACUAGACAUUUCAUUGUAUGUUUGACUGCAGCUGUACUGUGUCUUGGGGUCACUUUGCUUGAUCGCAUGUUUUCUGUUUGGUGCAGACACAGACAGAGCAACACAAAUGAGUGUAAAUACACAACAAACACACAGAUCAAGAGGAGACUCAGAUCGAAGAACAAGAGAGUGCAGUCCCCUUAAGUCAGUUAGGCGAAUGGACAUCACUGUCGGUUUAACUGUCAGCUGGUCUCAGUAUAUUAUUUCUCUACAUUGUCGUGAACAGACAUUUGUUUGCUAUUUUUCUAGUAAUUUCCCGUGAAAUGUAAUCCAGGCACUUUACGAUGGACGCGCUCGUAGCAGACGAACCUCAGCGUCAGUGUCGCAGGCUAUUUUUAUCCUGCUGUAGAGGGAUAGGGCAGAUAAAGAUCAGCUGACGUUUGUUGUGUUUGACGUCACCAGUCGUCUGCUCAGCGCUGUUUCUAACGUACUUGUGUGGCUGUUGGCUGUCCAUUGCCUCUUCUAUCCUUGUGCGCAUGUUUCUUGUGGAGCAAAGCUUGGAGAUGAAAGUGUCCGAUGGUGUCGGCGCUGGCUAUUAUUUCAGCCCCAGCCAAAUGUUGUUGUCAACCUCGGAGUUCAGCGUGUCCUGGUCAGUCGUCUGUCAGCAGCAGGCUGUGGUGGACGUGCCAGGCGGUGCUGACCGUAGUACAUGGGUGCCACUGUUGGACAAGAUCCAUCACUAAGCCGUUUGGAUGUCGCUGCCCAGGCAGUGGCUGACCCUUGUCUCCAUGGCAACUACCAGAACCUGACGGACGUUCACCGCAGUGUGUCCUAUGUGACGACCUACCCAGAGCCUCCACUGUGCGACAUUGACCUCGACACGGGCUGGUACCGGUUUGUGGUAGAUGCUGAGAGUAAAAUGCCUGAAACAUGCGUCGAUACUUUCAAGUGCGGGACGACUGUUCCAAUAUGGAUGAAUGGUACUCACCCCUCCGUAAAUGACGGGAUCCAAACGAGGCGAGCAUGCGCGAACUUCCAGUCUGGUGGCGCCUCCUACACCCCGUGUUGUGGACAGGCCGUGAAGAUCGGGGUCAAGAACUGUGAGGGUUUUUUCAUUUAUUAUCUACAUCCAACACCAGCCUGCCCGAUGGCGUAUUGUGCAGGAAAGGACUCACCAUGUCCCGCUGGAAAGUGGUCUCCUACAGGUCUUCCGCCCGACUGCAAAGACGCCUACCCACAGCUGACUGACCCGCCGAGUUUCCGGGGACCUGUGAUAGAGCAAAACACUUUCUACUUCACCUGUGACCUGACCUUUAGCGGCAACGACCCGGAUCAAGCCUUUGAGUUCGUCUGGCUGUUUAAUGGCCUGGAGGACCCUAAAGUGCCGCCAGAAGUAGUCAGUGACCCAGGGCGAUCUGCGAGGCUGGAUGGGGCUCAACUGGCGGGUCUCCUCAACAAGAACGUUGGUUGUAAAGUGCGUGCAUUUUACAAGCAAAAUGCGAUAAAAAAAGGACCCUGGCUGGAGAGCACUGGGACGUACUGGGCUGGAAUACAAACAGAUCCCUCUCACAUCUCCAUACGUACUGAUGAAGACAAACAAGAUGUGGUCAUAAGGUCAACACUUCCUGUCUUAUGCAACUCACCUGGGACAGAUGAUCAAUGUUGUCUUCUGAUUUUCCUGUUGGUCGAUGGUUCUGCAGGGGGUCAAGCCACCGUGGUAGUGCCAAGCGAUUGCAGGUAUUCAAUAUGCACGUCAAACUGGAACAACACGCUUCAAGAAGUGUCAACGACGGUGUCAGUCGUGCCCAGCAAGACUCAGAUACAGGACGGCAACAAGGACUUGCUGGUCUCCUUUGCUAAUAUAGUCGUCGCGGACCCUUCGCCGUAUCAUCAAAUAUUCCAAGGUUUUAAGAUCCCCUCGGUACAGGUUGAUGUUGAGCAAAGGGAUUCAAAGCUCUGCAGCAUUGUAACAGAUCCACACAUCACAGGACUGGAGAACAAGGGACAGUUCCAUCUGUUUAAAGUGGGUGACUACACUGCCUACGAAAAUGUCCAAAGGGAUUUUGAGGUUCAGAUUCGUACGUGGCCUUGCUACAAAGAGCGUGCUGACAGGGCGGUAACCUGUAUCUGUGGAGUUGCGGUUCGUGAGAAGGACGAUCUGAUCAGAGUCAAUGGCUGCAAUCAUGGCUUCUACGGCCAAAGCGUUGGGUCACCGGAAAUCACCGUGGCCAGGCCUUUGAGAAACGGCACGACUAUACUUCAAGCUACGGAUGGGUCGACGAUAAUACUGUAUUUUCCGUCCAGUUCUGAGAUUAAAAUUACCGCAUCAGCACAGUUUGGUGGUCAUCUCAACCUGGACAUCUUGGUUCCUGGCACCGACUACCUCAAUGGAAGAGGCUUGUGCGGGACGUUUGAUAACAACCCCAACAACGACCUGACCCACCGGUCUGGCUUUGUGGACACAAUGCCUGCAGACGAUGUACCGGAGAGAUUCACAGAGUCCUGGAAAAACAAUGACAGUACAAGCUUGUUCAGGAUUGUACCUCCAGAAACAGGGGAGUCGUACGUGCCUCAAUACUGCAGGUGCAGUAACGACGGGAAAGGAACCGUAAACUGCUCUUACCAGGGAGACAUAAUGGCACACGCACUAACGUGUCCUGACUGCCAAGAUACCACAAGAAAAAGUGAUUUUACGGGAGGUGGAUGGGAAACACUCAGAAAAAAGAGAUCUGCAAGUGGUAAUGCAUACGUCGACUCUGAUGAAAUACAGAAACCUUACGACCCUAACGAUUAUGCAGAUUUCCAACCGCCAAAACUGUCAUGGCCGACAUCGACUGGCAUCAGCGAGAGUCAAGCAGAGAACUACUGCUCCACCGCCUUGAGACAGUCUCAGCUCUGGUCUCACUGUCAGGACAAAACUCAGGAGAUUCAAGGGCUGAUCGAAAACUGCAAGAUCGAUCUUUUAGUAGCUGAUAAUUACAUAGGAUUGGAAGCCAUCGUGGACACUUUCCUGACAAUUUGCAAGGUGGAGUUAGCCAAGAACCCGGAUAACUACAUCACCUCACCCACUGGAGAAAGUGUCGUGAAGCCAGAGAUCUCUGACGACGUCUGCAACCCUGUGUGCUACAUCAACGGACGAUGUGACCGAGGGCGCUGUGUGUGCAGUAGAGGCUUUGUCGGCGAUAACUGUCAGAUAAAAGAUGAACCACCUAAACUGCUUCAGAUCCGAGGGUCCAGCUUGUGUGACUUUAAUGAACGGCCAUGCAAAAAACUCUUCAUCAACGCUGAAAAUAUUCAGAAUACGGCGACAAUGGCAUGCAAAAUUCACGAAAUUCUGGACGAUGGAUCAGUUUCCGAAAGGGCUUCUAUGGAAGAAGCUGUUUUCCUGACUCUUAACAAACUCGGCUGUGUCUUACCUGAUGCUGGCAUCAAAACAGAGAAGUCCAUCAAGCGGUUUUAUAUCACGGCUACUAUCGAUGGCGAUCGCUAUAGCAACGCAGUGAACAUGACUGUCUACGACUCGUCCUGUCAGAGCUGUACACAGGAGGGAUGCCAGAAACUGCCAGACACGUGUCUGAUCAACAACCUGUGUUUCCAAGAUGGAGAACUCAAUCCGAAAGAUAACUCGCUGGUCUGCAAUGUUUCUGCGAGCACGACGGAGUGGUCUAUCGUGCCAACAGCUCCAUCAGAUUAUCCAGUCAUCAUGUCAGUGAGCGUGAUGAGGUCAAAGGACAACACCCAGUUAAGAUGUGAGGUCAACGCUGAUGCCUCAAAGCCCACAGCCAGCUUCCGGGUGGCCUGGGGUGUCGAUGGCGACUGGCUUCAAGAGUCGGUCAUCCCCAGUGGACAUCUGGAGGCUGUCAUUAAUGUGUCUGACUUUAGUUACGCAAAGCAGGUGACAUGUCGUACACGUUCCACGUUCUCCGACAGUGACAUCUUUAGUCCUUUCACCUACAGCAAUCCUUUCUCCAUGGAAGGACAGGCGCAAAUGUCAUCCACUGUGUCGUGGAGUAGGACAUCCGACACACUCCACCUCACCCUCCUCACAGCUCUGGGCUUAUCAGGCAUGCUGUGGUCUGUAUAGGAAGACUGGCAAACCAUUAAAUUAAUCUCUUGUGAAUAAACCAUUAUAAAUAUCCAGCCUGACUGGAAACUGCUUAACUUUAAAAACUACUGUAAGCUUUGUUGUUUUUUUUUUAUUUACUUAACUAACAGAAAUGUAAUGUUCUCUUUAAUGUGGCUGUAUUGACAUGAAAAACUUUAUAUUUUCGUAUUAUUUGUGUUUUGGUAAAAUAUUCCUAUAGAGAUUAAAGAUGAUUAGAAAUUUAUCGCUGGGAACAGCGACUUGGAAGAAAGUUAUACUGUAACAGCAUCACAUUGAUAUAACAGGAGGUUCCAUCACACGACUGACAUAGUGAGACACUGUUGUACUUAGCUGACUACCACCGAGACUGUAGUCAUUUAUUGCAGAAAUAACUGUAGGUUGUUACUGAUGUCAUGUCGUAGUUGAGACAGGUUUUAGAGGGAGAUAAACCAGUUCGCUUUUAUUCCAGGAACUAUGAUUUCAUACAUUUAUAAAUCCACGUUCAUGUAUUAAAUUGUGA